AUGUGGCUUGUUGACACUGAAAGCCUCAAGCUCGUCGAGGUGCAGGGCGACCCCCAGGAGGAGUAUGUUAUUUUGUCUCACACCUGGGGCAGCGAUGAAGUGACGUUCCAAAGCUUCCAAGCUCUUGGUUUGGCUUCCGAUGCGGCAUCCAGUCCAGGGGUCGCGGACUCCGCGGACCAGAUCCGCUCCACCCGCGGCUUCCGCAAGAUACAAGAUGCAGCAAACCUGGUCAAGAGUCAUGGCCACCGCUACCUUUGGGCCGACACCUGCUGCAUCGACAAGACCAGCAGCGCCGAGUUGUCAGAAUCCAUCAACUCCAUGUACCGCUGGUACGAGAAGGCCGUCAUCUGUUACGCUUUUCUCUCCGACGUGGAGCCCGUCUCUGUGGAGAGCCCGUUUGACAAGGAUUCGAGUUUCCAAAAAAGCCGAUGGUUUACCAGAGGAUGGACGUUGCAAGAGCUCAUUGCGCCAAGAACUGUCGAAUUCUAUGCCGGCGACUGGUCCUAUGUGAACACGAAGCAGUCGAGAAAUGACUUUUGUCAACUGCUUGCCAGGAUUACAGGCAUCGAUGAGCAGGUGCUCUCUGGCACAUCCUUUCUGAGCGACAUUAGCGUCGCGAACAAGAUGCGAUGGGCCGGGCAUCGGGAGACGACGCGACCAGAGGACAAGGCGUACUGCCUGAUGGGACUGUUCAAAGUGAAUAUGCCCCUGCUAUACGGCGAGGGUGAUCGAGCAUUCACCCGUCUGCAAGAGGAGAUCCUCAAGGAGACCGAUGAUCAGUCUUUGUUUCUGUGGGGAAUGCCGGCGGACGUUCGCCCUGACUCGGACGACCUUUUUGGGUUGCUUGCGAAUUCCCCAAGCUCGUUUUCAAUGGUGGACUUUGAUUAUGUGCGACCUUUGCCUCCAUCAGAGUCACAAGAUAGUACUCCAACCAGUGUUACCAACCAGGGGCUCCGAACGAGCAUUCUUCUUAUUCCACUUCGGCCGGGUGGGGAUGAGUAUUACGCCCUCUUGGACUGCAUAGUCUCCAAACCUGAAUCUGCGAGCGAAGAGCUGAGCCCUUGCAUCAUUCUACAACGGCUGUGGAGUGACCAAUUCGCAAGAGUUCCUUCCGAAGAGGGCUCCGUUAUCUUGUUCCCUCAGGACCAUUUCGAUGACGCUGAAGGAACGUAUGAGAACAUUUACGUCAGGCAGAAUCCGUUUUACGCUUUGCCUGAACUAAGCGUGAAAACGAGGCUUCGUCCCAGUUCAAAGGACCCGGUUUCACAUUUGGCUUUCGCCAUUCAUGAGGCAUUUCCACCCGAAAGGUGGGAUACCAUCCUGUCCGUGAUUCGGACCAAAGAGCCGCAAUCGAAUCGCACUAUGGUCGUUUUGCGAUUCGAGUCCCUCGAGCGGAGCCCAAGAUCAGUUGUUGAUGUUGCUAUUGGGCUUCGUCGAGUCAGGAGACGAUGGGAAGUGUGCUACGAAAAACAUCCUUAUACCGGUAACAGUCUUGAGUCCGUCUACUUGGAGUUUCCCGAGAUUACCACUGCCUCGGACGGUGCAUCAUACCAAAACUCUAAAGGCUUGGGUUUCAUUACUAUAGAGGCCAAGGAGUCCCAAAAACGAGGCCGACGUUUCAUUCAACUGGAGGUUUCCGGUACCUCUGAACUCCUGUCUGUUCCAGACGAGGGGGGGCCACUAUCAAAUAUUACCAACAAGUCUCCACAGAGGCUGGAGCCUGUUGCAGUGUUUGAUGAGGUCGGCGCAGUCACGCGUUCCUGUUGCUAUCUCGACAGGUUCUCGCUGAUGUUGUCCCCAGCCGUUCCAUUCCAGGACGGGGUCAGAACCAAGCUGGCAAGCAACAUCUCUGCUCGAUUUGUAAACGAGCUCUCUGCUAUCAAGAUUGAACCAAGCAAGCCCUAUGCCGACUUGAUUCGAGCCGUUCGAGCACGAUAUGAUAGAGACGUUCCGCCUCUAGUGAGACAGCGCAGAGGUGUUCUUGAGCUGCCGACAGAGGAAUUUGACGACUUCAGAGCAAUUCACUGGGCUGCAGCUUUCGGUUCGUUAUCGAUGCUCAAGACGUUGAUGAAGCUAGGUGCGGAUACCACAAGCCGAACUCGAAGCGGCUACAUGGCUAUCCACCUAGCGGUACUAAAUGGCCACUUCAAUCUUGCUGCCUAUCUCCUAGAAGAAGAAAGAGAGUCAAAUCUCAAGAUCACCAGACCUGACAUUCUGCAAGGGAUCAUAUCCGGGGCCUCGCAAGCGUAUCACUACAUCGAGUUUGCCUCUGGGACCGAUCCCGACAUUCUACACAAGUUCACAACAAAGAGGCUCGAAACUGUCCUUCACCUCUUCUCCGCCUAUGCGCCUUCCGGACUGGCAAAUCCCAGAAUACGAAAAAUCAUUGACCUCAUCAAAGAAGACUUUCUUGGAUCGCAUUCGUUCCCACACACCAAUGACUUGGGCGAACUCCCACUACAUCGGGCAGCAGCCACUGGCAACAUGCAGAUGGUAGACGCAUUAACCAGACUGAUGGGAACGAACAAGCACAUUGAUGCCAGGGAUAAUGCAGGACGAUCGGUUCUCUUCCACGCCGCGUGCGGGGGCAGUAAUGAAGUCAUCCGUGGCCUCGCCGACUUGGGUGCUUUGAUCGACGCGGCCGAUGACUACGGUCGGAGCCCGUUGCAUGCCGCCGUGAUGGCCGAUCAACCAGCAGCCGCCAACGCCCUCCUCGCGCUGGGUGCAAAAGCCGACAACGUCACCCAUGCAUUUGGGUUGACCCCCUUGCACUUUGCAUGUCUCUAUGGGUCCCUCGGCUGCGUACAGGAGCUGCUGAAGAGUGACGGGUCCGGACCGGCGGAUAUGAAUCGGUGGACGACCGUGGAAUACGCCUCCUUCCAACCGCUGCAUUUAGCUGUGGCCAACGGUCAUGUUGAGAUUGUAACUUGGCUUGUGAGGUUAGGAUGUGAUCUCGAGGGACGCUGCGAUGGCUUUUUGAAGAUUGAGAGAACCGAUAAUGCCGACGGCAAGAUAGGGAGGUUGGUUGGACUAGAAUCUCCUUUGACAGCCCUCAACCUGGCCAUCGUGCUUGGCAAGAAGGACAUGCUGCCACAGCUACAGCAGAAGGACCCAGCGAGACGGUACGAAUAG